AUGGCCUCUUCGUCUCUAUCACUUGUGUUGCUCUUGUGCCUUGCCGCCGCCGCGUCGGCGCAGCUGUCGACGACGUUCUACGACUCGUCGUGCCCCAAGGCUCUGUCCACCAUCAAGGACGCCGUGACGGCCGCCGUGAACAAGGAGAACCGCAUGGGGGCGUCACUGCUCCGGCUGCACUUCCAUGACUGCUUUGUUCAAGGUUGUGACGCGUCCGUUCUGCUGUCCGGCAACGAGCAGAAUGCUUUCCCCAACGUCAAAUCGCUUCGAGGCUUCGAGGUCAUCGACAGCAUCAAGGCGAAGCUGGAGACCCUCUGCAAGCAGACCGUCUCCUGCGCCGACAUCCUCUCCGUCGCCGCCCGGGACUCCGUGGUUGCCUUGGGAGGACCGACGUGGACGGUCGGUCUAGGGAGGAGGGACUCCACCACUGCAAACGAGGCCCUGGCCAACAGCGCCCUGCCCGCUCCAUCCUCCGACAUCGUCAACCUCACCGACGCCUUCGGCCCCAAGGGCUUCUCCCUCACCGACAUCGUGGCGCUCUCCGGCGCGCACACCAUCGGGCAGGCGCAGUGCCAGAACUUCAGGGACAGGCUCUACAACGAGACCAACAUCAACUCCGGCCUCGCCACCUCGCUCAAGGCCAACUGCCCGCGGGCGACCGGCUCCGGCGACAACAACCUGGCGCCGCUCGACCCGACCACCCCGUACUCCUUCGACAACGUCUACUACACCAACCUCAAGUCCCAGAAGGGCCUCCUGCACUCCGACCAGGUGCUCUAUGCCGGCGGCAGCGGCGCCGCCGACAACAUUGUCAGCAACUUCGCCAGCAACCCGGCCGCGUUCAGCAGUGCCUUCGCGUCCGCCAUGGUGAAGAUGGCCAACCUCAGCCCGUUGACGGGAUCACAGGGACAGGUCAGGCUUAGCUGCUCCAAGGUGAACUAA